CUUUGUUAUGAUUUUGUUCGAGAACAAAACAAACCGAGCAUUGUAUAGUAGAAGCUUUCUUCGCUGAAAUUUGGCAAAAAUCGGGAAUAAAACUACAAAAUUUUGAGCUAUUAUUGAGAGCGAUUAAAAAUGGACGUACCACGAAUACUUGUGAGAGAAGAAGAUCCUUACAACGAUGUUUCCAGCCCAGAACAAAACCAAGAGGGGGCUUCGACCUCUAUAGACUACAACUACCUAGCUUUGCCAACAAGGCCGAGACGUCUUAAACGAAAUAGCAUGUCGAGUGUAGACAGUACCUCAUCGGAGAAGCUUUCUGUUGACGAAGAACAAUCUGAACAGGCUAGUCCAAGCGAAACUCCGAAAAGAACCGGCAAAAAACGGGGUAGAAAGCCGACUCAAAUGAACUUGGAAGCCAAGCUCGAACGAAGUCGCCAGUCGGCCAGAGAAUGCAGGGCUCGAAAGAAAAUAAGAUACCAAUGUCUCGAGGAUACUAUAGCCGAAAAGGAAGCUAAAGUUUAUUCUUUGAGGAAAGAAGUACAUAAGGUUUGUUCGGCGCGGGAAAUAUUAGCUGUGUUUACUUAAAUUUAAUAUAUCAGUAUUUAUACAGAAGGGAAUUGUGUUUAUACCCAUCUAUUGUAGGGACAUUUUUAUGUAUUUAGCAAAAUAAUUUGCUGCCUUUUUAGGGUUUUUUCACAUUUCGUGAUAAAACUAAAAUUUUGGCAUCCGAACUGAAGAGGAAAAUAAUUUGUUUGGACAAUCGGAAACGAUUCCCAUGGUAAAAUGCUAAAGCUUCUCAGCUUGAGAUAAUUUGCAUUUAUAAAAUAGGAAUAUUGGCAAAGUAGCAAUUACCGCACAAUGUGGCAAUUGUACGACAAUGUAGCAAAUAUGUGCAUUGGAAGUUUUAAAAUUGUUCAAAUAGUCAAUGUUUUAUGGUAAAUCUAUUUGGUCUAUUAAACCGGUUGAAACUAUAUUCAAGUACUCUGCUUAUAGGUCUAAAGUUCAUCCAAGGUCUAUCGUAAUUAUAGGCCUUUGUCAUUGGGCCAUUCCAUUUAAUAUAGGCACGCCCCCCCCCCACCCCCUAUUGAGGGGUCUGGAUAUCCUAUGGGGGGAGGGUGUUUUUACCUUAAAUUUUCCUAGAGGGUAGCUUAAGAAAUUUUCAAAAAAAUAGCAAAAAUUAGGUGUUUUAGUGAUAUCUAGGGGGGUAAAAACGAUAUCCCAAAGGGGUUAUAAAGAAAUCCAUGGGGUAACUUCCAAAAAUCGCAUCCAAGGGGGUUCUAAAAUUUUUAUAUCCUAAGGGGAUUAUGGAGGGACCCCUCAAUAGGGGGAUGCCUAUAUUAAAUGGAAUAGCCCAUUAUACUGUGUUCUCUCAGAUGACUUAACUUCAUCAAAGAGAGACUACAUAAUUGGUUGCUAAUCAGGUCGACUAUCGGACUGUUAGCCUCAUUAAGAUAUAUACCAGAAAUGGAUAGUCCAUUUGUCAGAUCAUCGUUCAAGAUUGUCCAUCUCUCGUAUACAUCGACCAAAAACUUCACUCAUUCAAAAGUGACCGCUUAACCCGUUAAGUUGCAUUGCACCCUACCUUGUUAUUUUACUCUGCCUAAUGCCAGCAAUUUUACUUAUCAAGAGGAGAGCAUUGGCACUCAAUACAUUAACAGGGUGCAUGGGCAGAUAGUCUGAUUAACCCAAUGAGUGGCAGCACUCACCCCCUGACAAGUAAAAUCGUCGCAUCUGGGCGCAUUGCCACUUAAAAGGUUAAACAUCACUACUGUACAUACAUACAUACAUAGUCAAUUAUAUUUUAUUUUAUCUUUUAACUUUCAGUAUAUCGGUUGGGCCAAAUCAAUCGACAAUGGGACAGUACCAGAAGAUCUGGCUGAUUUCCUGGAUAAAGCAACACCCAGUGUGAAGUCAGAAGACUGAAGAUCUGUGGACAUGCACGUCAACAUGGGUUGCCAUGCUAGGGUACCCCACGUCAACCAUCGGUUACCAUACCACAUCCCUCCCAAAAUACCAGAAGUAUCAGAAGAUGGAUUAAUUAAACACCCACUCAGAAAGAUGCCCCACAUGUAACCAUCCAAUGCCUUUUUGCAGUAGAACUAUCGCCGCACAAUGUAGAUUGUGAUAUUACAGUGGCAGACACUCUAUGAAAUAUUUAUGCAAACUAAAUUUUGACCCUUUAGCUCAUUUUAGCCCUUGAUACUUUUGUGGCUGAAAUAAUUAAAUGGAUACCAGGUUUUCAUGAUAAAAAAAUUGCUACACAACUGCAUUAUAUAUAGUCCGCUAUAUUUCAGACACUUUAUGAAAUAUUUAUGCAAACUAAAUUUUGCCACCAAAUUUCAAUUUUACCCUUUAUCACAUUUCAGCCCUUGAUACUUUUGUGGCUGAAAUAAUUAAAUGGAUACCAGGUUUUCAUGACAAAAAAUUGCUACAACUGCAUUAUAUAAAGUCAGGUAUAUUUCAUUUUGGUGUAGUUGCCCCCUUCACCCCCCCCCCCACACACACACUCAUGUCUGCCACUAUAUAGAAGUACCGAUACCAGUAAAACAGUCCAAUAUUUGCAAAUGAUAAUUAUAGAACAGUAGUAAACUGUACAAUAUACACUAAAGUAUUAACUACUGUAGUUAAACGGGUCAUUCCAGAGAACAUCCAUACCUCCCAACAGACUUAAGGAAAUUAGACGUUAACCCACCCCAUACCUCUACCCCCUUCAGAUAUCCUAAUACACUUGCCAUUACCGGAAACAUUUUUUCCUCCUCCUCAAGACAGCAGAAAUUUCCUCUGUGGGGGAGAGUGUGGAUCUUUUCAUGGAAUGCCCGAACAUAACAAAUAACACAACUUUGUAAUUCAGGUACUGGGUUAAUUGGAUCUCAAUUAUGUAUGUGAAGUUUAAUGUACUGCAGUUUUUUUUAUAAUACAGUUUGGAAACUGAGCAAUACAAUUUCAUCCCCAGAAUGUCAGAACAUUGCAACGUUUGUAUCCAGAUAACUAAUUGAGUUAUUGGUCCAGUUUUGUAACCCCGUAUACUGUCGGGGAUAUGGUAAAGGGGGUAAUCGAUAGACAGGCUUCCCCCCUCCUGCUGGAAUAGAUGUGUUACUGUGAACAAAGUUGUUGGCCAGAGGCGCGGGUCCUUGAUAGGGGCGUUUGUUAUUCUGUUGCAGAUUUUUUCCACUUCCACGUCCUAAAAUGUUGAAAG